AUGUCGGCUGAAGGCGCGCCGUCUGGCGGCUCUCUAGCUGACCGCAUCUCAAAGCCUGAUGACACUGCCUCCGGUAGAUCAUGGGCCGACGAAGUCAACUCUCCAGCAGACGCUAAUCCGCCGCCAGCCAAAGGCGAAGACACCAAGGAAGCCGCUGAUGAUGUUUCAAACACUCAAACCGAUGGGGCAGGCGAGCCUUUUGGCGGCGGUAGCUUGAAUGAACCUGCGUUCGAUGUUCAGGUGAAGCUUGCCGAUAUGCAAGCUGACCCAAACAACCCUCUCUUCUCUGCGACCAGCUUCGAACAGUUGGGACUGAGCGAGAACAUCCUCAAAGGCGUGGCUGCUAUGAACUUCCGCAAGCCUUCCAAAGUCCAAGAGAAGACUCUUCCUCUGCUCAUCCUCGACCCUCCUACCAACCUCAUUGGCCAGUCGCAGUCCGGUACUGGCAAGACCGCCGCCUUCGUUCUCAAUAUUUUACACCGCAUCGACCUCUCAUCCGAACAGGCGCAGAAAACUCCCCAGGCUCUAGUCCUCGCUCCCAGCAGAGAGCUUGCUAGACAAAUUCAGGGUGUCGUGAAACUCAUGGGUACCUUUGUUGAGGGCCUCGUGGUCGAAGCCGCCAUUCCUGUCGAUGCUUCGCAGCGCGCACGCAAGAUCGAGGCCGCUGUGGUUGUUGGCACCCCUGGUACAGUCAUGGACAUGGUACGCAAGCGCUCCAUGGAUGCUCGCAACAUCAAAGUGCUUGUGCUCGAUGAAGCCGACAACAUGCUUGACCAACAAGGUCUUGGCGAUCAAUGCAUUCGCGUCAAGAACAUGCUACCCAAGACCCUUCAAAUCGUGCUAUUCUCUGCGACCUUUCCCGACAACGUCGUCGAAUACGCCGACAAAUUCGCCCCUAAUGCCAACCAAAUGACUCUAAAGCACGAAGAUCUCACAGUGGAAGGCAUCAAGCAGAUCUACUUGGACUGUGACAGUGACCAGGCCAAGUACGAUGUCUUGGUCAAGUUCUACGGUCUUCUUACCAUCGGCUCGUCGAUCAUUUUCGUCAAAACUCGAGAAACUGCACUUGCCAUUGAGCAGCGCAUGACUGCUGAGGGACACAAGGUUGUCUCACUUACAGGUGGUUAUGAAGGUUCGCAGCGCGACUCAAUUAUCGACGCCUUCCGUAUGGGAACCGCCAAAGUCCUCAUCACCACCAACGUCUUAGCUCGCGGUAUCGAUGUGCAAUCAGUUUCCAUGGUUGUCAACUACGACGUCCCGGAGAAAUGGGUGGGUCGAGGCAAACCCGAGCCAGACCCACAGACCUACCUUCAUCGUAUUGGUCGGACUGGUCGCUUCGGCCGAGUCGGCGUGGCGGUCACCUUUAUCAGCAAUAAGAGAGACUGGGAGAACCUGAUGAAAAUCCAAGAAUACUUCGGAGUGGAAAUUACUAGAGUUGCGACGGAGGACUGGGAUGACCUGGAGGAGCAGGUGACCAAGAUCAUCAAGAGCUCAAGAGCCGGCAGCAACUUCCAAGGCGGUGCGAAGAUGGUAGCUUAA